AUGGCGACAGUUGAUGGGGACGUUAAGCCGGCACAGGCUGAACUCGACAGUCAACCGUUUGCAGACAGUGUUUUUUACCUUAGCGGUGUUCAAAGUUAUCAGCGACCGUAUUGUUUAGUUAGUGACUGCUGGCAUUUUAUGCAGAAUGGUAGUGAGUUCAUCAAGCUUCGUGGCCCAGCAAGACAUUUCCGACGAUUUUUCAGUCUCGACGCCAAUCUUUCGCAUAUCAGAUGGACUCCCACUAAUAAGAAACCUCACAAGGCUAGAAUUGCCAUCGAUGAUAUUCGAGAAAUCCGCAUAGGAAAAAAUACGGAACAGUUGCGCCAAAGUGAUGCGAACAUCGCUGAUCUUCAGGAAGAGUGCUUAUUCUCGGUGAUUUACGGUGACGACUAUGAGACACUGGAUUUGGUAGCUAGUUGUGGUGAAGACGCAAAUAUAUGGGUAACUGGUUUAAUGGCACUCACAUCCACGAAGUGUCAGUUUUUUUAUAUUUGA